UUCAACAAUUAUAAAUACAUGUACUCAUACAACUCAGUACAACUCCCUAACAGAAUUCCAACUGAUCUAUAAUCAAGUCAUUUGGACCACUGGUUGAGCCAUGCAUUUUAAAAUACUAUUGAUUGUACUUCUCAUCACGCUUGUGGACAGCAUAGAAGCAAGGAAAAAGAAAGGAAAGAAGGGAUCAGGAAAUCAGAUUCCUAUGUGCAAGAAAACUGAUAUUGAAAGUCUUGGAAACAAACUGAACAUUCUGAAAACUGAAACGGAAAGUUGCUGCAAGAUGAGAGAUGAAGGUAUGACACUGAGCAUUAAUGUGAUAGAGGCAAGGAAUAAUGCAACCAAAGCAAGGCAAACCAUUGAAGAUGUGCAAACUGAUGUUGAAAAGGUGAAGAUUGACAUUGAAGAAGUGAAAAAUGAUGUCAAAGCAAUGAAAGGUGAUUUAUCUAGAAUAAUUGACCUCAUAGAAGAUAUGCCGACUUCACAGUGUGAAUCAAAAG